CGUCUAAACUACUUCCGGUCUCACUUCCGAGUGUCGCUCUCUGCCGUUCAAAGUACAUUUCUUUGAAUUUCGUGUUUUAAAGGGAUAAAACGUCCCCAUGGGGGGUAAAAACAAACAGCGAACUAAAGGAAAUGUUCGGCCGUCCAGCAGCGGCCGAGCUGCGGAGGUUCUCACCCGGGAGGGCGGAGUGAUCCCGGGAUUCGUGGGCUUCGGCUCCACGGCCACGUUUGAGCUGAGUUACGUGCCAGCUGUCCACGGCGCGGAGGACAUCGACAGUCUGGUGGAUGCGGACUUCCGGAUGGUGCUGAGGAAACUCUCCAAGAAGGAUGUUGUCACCAGGCUGAAAGCUGUGCAGGACUUUGGAUCCAUGUGUCAGGAAAGAGAAGCAGAAGAGGUUAAAGGAGUUUUACCGUUCUGGCCGAGGAUCUACUGCAAGAUAUCAAUGGAUCACGACCGUCGCAUCAGAGAGGCUACCCAGCAAUCCUUUGAGCAGCUGGUGCUGAAGGUGCGCCGCAGCUUGGCCCCCUUCCUGAAGAGCCUCAUGGGUCACUGGAUUCUGUCCCAGUGUGACACCUACUCUCCUGCAGCCUCUGCUGCGUGCCAGGCGUUCCAGGCGGCGUUCUCGCCCGCCAAGCAGCCGGAAGCUCUGGGUUUCUGCAAAGACGAGAUCCUCAAUGUUCUUCAGGAUAUUUUGUUGAACGAAACGGCCGACUCGUUGAGCGAUCCACAAAACGUCACAGCAGAGGAGAGGGAAGCCAAGUAUCUGCGCAUGCUUACCAGCUCACUGUUGGGCGUGAAAAAACUCCUCUCCCUCCUCCUUCCGAGCGACAGGGCAGCUCUGGAGGAUCGACUCACCCCUCUGUUAAGUUCUGGGAAGUUUUGGAAGUACAGCAAACACAAAUCACCACAGGUUCGAGGCGCUUUCUUUGAGAUGGUUUGUUCCCUGUGCGAGUUCACGCCCGGCCUGGUCCAAGCGGAAGCCAGCCGGCUCUGUCCCGCCGUGCUCCUCAGCAUCGACGACACAGAUCCGGUGGUGCUGCCCCCUGUGUGGGAGGCAGUUCUUCACGUCGUCUCCACUAUUCCUGACUGCUGGACCCACGUGAAUGCCAGGAAGGGCUUUUUACCUAAACUCUGGGCGGUGUUGAAGGAGGGCGGUAAGGGGAUGGCCAAGGCGCUCCACCCUAACUUGAUGCCGCUGCUCAGCAAGUUGCCUGGAGAAGUCACCGAGCCAGACGUGGACUUCUACAGCAGCUUCUUCACUGCGCUCAUACAGGGUCUGUCUAGUGAGCGCGCUCUCACCAGCCAAUCAGAGAGCGCCGCAAUCGUGACCUCCUUUGUGGAGUGUUUAAAGUUCGGCGUUCUGAAGAUUGCGGACGACCACGACAGAAUAAGAAGCGUUCUCGUUUCACAGCAGCUUCUGCCUCUGCUAGAACGGGCUCUGAGCGAAGCUUCCCUUCAGAACGGGCCUCUCUUCUACCUGCUCACCCACAUGCUGCUUUCCUGGGAGAGACGGGCGGCUCUGAGCGGGGACGGUGAAGCUCCUCCCACCGGUGAGGUCUUUCAGAGUCUUCUAGCAGGUUUCUGGGAGGAGCUCGGCGUUCUGUGCGUCCGCUACGUUGACGAUGAGGAAGCAGAUCUGCAACGCUUGGAGGGAUUAGCCACCCUGCUCCAGGUGAUGCGCUCUCCAGAAACGACGAGGACCAAACACGUUCAGAAGAAGAAAUCCGCCCGGAUCUGCUUUUCCAAGCCGGAAAAGGCGGAGAUAACCGAGGAGGACGGCGUGGAGAAGCCUGCUCAGGCGGCGCCGCAGGUCGUGGAGGAGAAGAUUCUCGGGGCGCUGCAGGAUCCUCACUUUGAGGACACGGUGUGUCAGCUGGCGCUGAUCUGUCUGACGCACGUGAACGAGAGGAACUCGGAGCGGCACCUCGUCUUCCUCUCCCGGCUAAUGCGCUCCUUCCACACGCCCAGACUCUUCAGGACCUUGUCAGAGCAGAACUCUGAGGAGGAGGUGAAGAACAACCCGGCGGUGCAGUUCCUCCUGGAGCGAGUGGUGGUGUGGCUGGCCGAGAGCGGCCGCCGCGACACCGAGCACCUGGUGGAGAUGAUCUUCAGCUCUUUCCACUGCUGCAGCCAGCAGGAGAUCACCCGCAUCCUCAGCCACGUCACCACGAUGGGCUUACCAUGGGGAGUCCUCCUGCAAGUCAUCCAGAGAGCUUGUAAAGACUCCGAAACUCUCAAAACUUGUCGCGAUUGGCUGAAAGGUUCGGUUCUUGGGGAGCAGCUUCUGGACCUGACAGAGGACCUCUGCAGAGUGGGGGAGGGCAGCUCCCACGCUUCAGCGUCUACGACCGGCGGCCACAGCUGGACCCUCAUCAGCCUGGUUCUGUCCCAGAACCACAACAACGAGUCUCUGAUCGGAGAUGUCUACCUGGAGAAGAUCUUGGAGAAGCUCCACACCACUCUGUCUGAGACCAAGAGUCUGUCGGACGCGGGCAACGCCGCGCCGCUGGUCUCCUUCAUCUGCGACGUGGCCUCCUCCUUCUUCUCCUCGGUCCAGGACUGUCUGUCGCUGCUCCCCGCCGAGGAGCUGCUGCUCACCGUCUUCCAGCUCACCGCCCAAGAUCAGAGACAGACGCGGCUGACCGAUCCUGUGGUAGAGAAGCUGAGGGGGGUGUGUGUGGCGGGGGUCCAGUCGCUGGUGCAGGACUGUGAAUGUGAGCCGUCAGAAGGGGGAUUCCUGCACAGCGCAGCCGUUUGGGUGAAGACUCAUCUGCUCACAGCCUCUCUGGAUGUUAGAAGUUUGCAGGUUCUAGUUGCAGCUGUUCAAACUUUAAUCGAGACGGUUUAUUCUGUUAGCGCCCAAGCUCCUCCCAUUAUCAGCAGCUUUUUUAACCUUCUGAUGCCCAACCAGGCGGAAUGGACGAGAAUCCGGCAGGCCCUUCCUCCCCAGUGGAUCGGCUCUGCUGUGCUCUCUAACAACUACAGAGGAGUUUGGGAAAAACCCACUCGGGACAUGUGGAAGUUUCGGGAGUUUCACUGUCUGCCGGCGCACCUCUGCGUCUGCGCACUCUUAGGGAGGGCGGCUCAGACGGCUGUGUCUGCUGGUCACGAGGAGGCGGAGUCUUCUCUGCCUGAGCAGCACCUGACUUCUGCAGUUUCGGAGCUGCUGUAUGCACUGCAGUGGUGCCGGGAGUUCAAGUUCAGCCCCGCCCUGGUGUCGUCCUAUCACGCCCUCCUGACGGAGUGGGGGCUGUCGGACGGACUCCACAGCAAACUUCCUGAUCAAACGCUGCUGGAGAGACUUUAUUCAAAGUCCCUGCAGGAUGGAGGGCUUUGGUCUCUGACUCUGCAGAACUUCCUCUCCACCAACAACCGAGCAGGAAGUUGCAUUGCUGCCAUCAGGAAGCUGUACGGCCGUGCCGACAGUCUGUUUCCAGUCUCCCAAAGCACACUGAGCACGCUCCAAGUCAUCGUCCCGGCGAUGACCAGCAAGGACAGAGAGACUCUCAUCACGCUGGCCACUGCCGGGCUGAUCAACUGGCAAGAGAACGACGAUGUGCACGGGUGUCUGGCGGUGCUGCUCUGCUGCCUACAUGCGAACACGGAGGUGGAGGAGGACAUCGUGAAGGCGGUUCUCGCCACAGUGAUGGAGUGGAGGAACAGCAGAGAAGACUGGUUUCUGCUCAGCUGUGAUCUGGCGGACGUGGCCUGUGAGCGCUUGAACCUGGCGGUGGAGACCAUCCGGUUCCUGUCCUGGCUGCUGGUUCACCACCCAACGGUUCUGGGUGGAACCCAGUGGGACUUUGUGCUCUGCUCCGUGUUAGCCUGGCUGGAGACGUGCAGUGAGAGUGUUGGCAGUCUGUGGAACCCCUGGGUGCAGCUGUUUGUCUGCGAGAGCGCCGCCAUCGUGGAGAAGCUCCACCAGUUCUUCACCUGCGCUCCAGCCGACGUGCUACAGAGGUUACCGCCCGAACUGACUGCUGAGUGGACGGAUUUCUUCGUGGAGGGAAUCUACAGCCUGUUGUUGCCUCUUCCUGUCAAGAUCACCGAGACCUUCCCUGAACCGGACGACCCGGCGUUCCCGAUGGCCGCCCUGCAGUCCGUGGGAUCCGCUCUGACAUACAUUCCGCUGCAGCAGCUCCUAAAAACCUCGCUGCCGCCACGCUUCAUCGCCGACCAGAAGACGAACCUGCCCGAGAGUUUGCAGACGCUCCUCAACACUCUGUGCCCCCUGCUGCUGUUCAAGGCCAGACCUCUGCAGGUCGCCGUGCACCACCUGCUGGACAAGGUGAUGCCUCAGCUGCCCGAGUGUGACGGCGAAGAAGACGCCAGCAAGUCUGACGACGACGACCGAGACGAGCCGUGCCUGUCCCCUCCGGCGUCCCUCAUGGCCGUUCUGUCCGCCUGCGAGGAGCUGUGUGAGAACAUCCUGGCGGGGGUCCAGGUGGGGGAGUUCGCCGUGGUGCAGCCACUCAGUGUGGAGUACUCCUGCAUCCUGGGGUACCUGCUGGCGUGGAAGCUGCUUCUGACCUUCUUUAAGUCGUCCCCUUCCCACUUGCGCGCCCAUUAUGCUCAGUACCUCAAAAGGAGCGGCUCCCUGAAGAAGCUCCUCCUUCAUCUCUUCAAACUGAUGCCGGAGAACCCGGCGUACCCGGGUCAGGGCUCGGAGACCAAGGACGGCAAAACCUUUUUCACUGAAAGCCUGACGCUUCACGUGGACAAAAGGGAGGGGUUUGAGUGGGAGCUCCCCCACCUGGCGUGCGGCGUGUACUACAGCACGGUGCAGGACCUGCCCGCCAUGGUUCGGCUGUGGUGGAACAGCCAGGAGAAGAGAGUGAGCACCGCCGUGGAGAGGUUCACCAUCAAGUACGUCAGUCCGGUCCUGUCAGCCCAGGAGAUCUCCUCGGUCCACAACAGCACGCAAAUGUUUGACAGCAUGACUGUGAAAGCUCGACAAGCAGCCCGAGAAGUCAUCGCCACAUACUCCGUCGACGACAUCUUCAUCGAGCUGGUGAUCCAGCUGCCGCAGAACCACCCUCUGGGCUCCAUCGCCGUGGAGAGCGGCCGGCGUGUGGGCGUGGCCGUGCAGCAGUGGAGGAACUGGAUGCUGCAGCUCAGCACCUACCUGACGCAUCAGAACGGCAGCAUCAUGGAGGGGUUAGCUCUGUGGAAGAACAACGUGGACAAGCGCUUCGAGGGCAUAGAGGACUGCAUGAUCUGCUUCUCCGUCAUCCACGGCUCCAACUACUCCCUGCCUAAGAAAGCCUGCCGCACCUGCAAGAAGAAGUUCCACUCGGCGUGUUUGUACAAAUGGUUCACGUCCAGCAACAAGUCCACCUGUCCGCUCUGCAGAGAAACCUUCUUCUAAUGAAGGAAAGCAGCUUUUCAAUGGGUGGAGCCGACUAACCUGAGCUUGUUUCCAAGAAAAGACUGUAAUUAGCCCGAGCCCGCGACUUCUGCUCCGAUCUCCCCGGGCUCAUUUAUCCUGAGGUCCACCUCCUCUUCAUGUUGAAUAAUUUAUCUGCUAACGGAGACUUGCUCUCAUCACACUCGCUCCUAUGGAAUUAAUUAUGACAGAUUAAGCCUGAUUAGUUCAUUAAUCCCUUUAAUUUGGUCUGCCGCCGUUUUCAUGUUUCCUUAUUUUGAAUUCGUCGCCGCGGUCGGAAUUUAUCAACCCGUACAGGCAGCAUCUAUCAUUGCGCUGCCCUUGACCUUUUAAUCGUCAUUGAUCUGUUUGUCUGACAUAAAUAUUUCUCUGGACCCCCCCCCCCCUCAUGAGUUUUGACAGAAACACUCACACCAACAGCCUCCGGACUUAUUGCUCAUUAUCUGCUUGAUUAAGCAGCAGAGCAAAUGUUAUGCACUGCUGUACAAUCCUGCGUCGGAGCGCGCUCAGUACACAGCACGUGCAGCCUUCCACCAGCAGAUGGCAGCACAGGCCUAAAGGUCAGCCGACUGUCCUGAUGCUUAACUGUCUAUUAAUAAUUCACAAUUUCUUUUCUGAUAUAUAAACUUUAACAACAAAGACAUUUUUUGGUAGUUUUGAAUUAAUUAAUAGUAUUUGCUUGUUUUAAAAUUAUUAUAGGAUGUACUUUUUAUUAUUGUAAAUUAAUUGUUUGUAAUUUCUUGUGUUAAAAUUACUAUAUGAUGCACUUUAAU